UAAGAAACAAAGUAACAACAGUAUUAUGUUGUAAUAAUUGCAUAAAUAUCUACAGUUCUGGAGUUUUCCAAAGCAUGUAAUAUGUAUCCCUCUCAACUAUAUAAGUCUCACUACUCUCAGUAAUCUACACUCCAUUCACAUAUAUAGCCUCCCAACAUGACGAGUCACUAUACAAACACCGUUUCUGCUGUUUAUCUCUUGUUCUGCCUCUUCAUCACGUCUGCCUCUUCAAGUUCCUUCAUACGACAAUACACUGAUGACUUCAACACAAAUAUUCAGCAGGAGAAUAGAGCAAGAGUGAACCCAAUCCAGGGAGAAGCGCACUACUUACAUAAACAUCAACAGAUAUCGUCACGUGAUAAUGAACUCUCAGCUUCAAAUACAGUGACGAAGGGUCUGAGAGAUCGUCCUCCACAAUCUUACUCUCUAAAGAUGGAAUCUUUCAACACGCUCCUUAAGUCAACCACUGAGAGAUAUGAAACUCGUCCUUUCUCCGCCGCUGGAUACAACUGGACACUUGUUGUGUACCCGAACGGGAACAAGAAUGACAAUGGUGCAGGGUUCCUUUCGCUUUACGUAACCAUAGACAACUCAUAUCUCCCUCCACAUCAAGAGGUUUACGUGGACCUCAGGUUUUACGUCUUCAACAGGGUAGAGAAGAAAUAUUUUACGAUCCAAGGUACCAAUGGAUGGAGAUUCAGUUUCUUCAAACCGAUGUGGGGAUUCUCUCAGGUUAUCCCUGUUAGUACGUUUAAAGAACCGAGAAACGGAUACUUAUACGAUGGAGAUCACUGCGAGUUUGGUGUAGAUGUGACCAUUCCUUCUGUCUUUCAAACAUCCGAGCUUUUCUCCGUCGCUGAGAAGUUCCAAAACCCGAGAUUCACGUGGAAUAUUCGGGGAUUCUCCACGCUGCUCGGAGGUACUUACUACUCAGAUAUGUUCUCCGUUGGAGGAAGAAAUUGGAAUAUACAAGUGAAUCCAAGUGGUCGUGCCUCGGGAGAGGGAAAAGCCUUGUCCAUGUAUCUUAUCCUUAACGCAAACGAGACACUCAGACCCUAUGAGAAGAUUUAUGUUCGGGCCAAGCUUCGACUUGUUAACCAACGCUUCACAUUCAAUAACAUCGAAAGGCAAAUUGAUCAUUGGUUCAAUGGUCCGGGAUUUGGAGAAGCAUUUGGUUGGGGUGAACAUGAGUUUAUCUCACUUUCUGAUCUCAGAAAUCCAUGGAAGGGUUUCCUUGUGAAUGAUAUGUUGGUGGCUCAAGUCGACUUUGAAGCCGUAUCUUCAACCAAGUACUUCCCGAAUUAGAUUAAUUUCUAAACAAGGAAGUUGCAAUUGUAUGUUUUUGCUUUUGUUAUCAACACCACCUUAUAAUAAGUCUGUGUUUGUGUUUCAAAUAAAUGAGCUUAUAUUCUCAUGAUAUAUCAAAACAUCUGUCUUUUCUCCUUUCUAGCCAUCAUUGUUAUUCAUAACCAUAGUAAAACUGUUUAAUGUUUUGCCUCUUCAAGAAUAAAAAAAAAAUGCAUCAACACACAGCAUGAGGACACAACUAGCAAC